UUGAGUUAGCUGUUAACUACACCUGAAUAGAUGCAGAGCCAGUCGUGUUAAAGAGGCUACAUAUUCGUCGAUAAAGUAUUUACCAGGCAUUCAAUUAACCAUUUUUUUCAUGUAGAACUCGUUCCGUGAAAAUAGACAUUAUAUAUUACCGUGCGUUUGUUCAGCAAGCUAACGUUAGCUGCCUUCCGUUUUUCUCGAUAGGAAAGGGCUAACGUUUCUACAAGGACGUCGGAGCUAGCGUUAACACUGCGAAGUUAAACCGAUCAUUAUUGUCCCGACUUGGACGGAUAGUGAUCAGCAUUUGUGCCCGAUUCUGUUUUUUUAUUUUCUCUGCUGCAUAUUUGCUGUCAGGGGGCAGAAAGAACGAGACUUCCUCCAUUUUAGCAGGACAACCAUGUCUACAUCCAACGCCAAUUUCAAAAACAAGUGUGUGACCCAAGUGAAUUGCAUAUUUUGUGACAGUUUACUCUGCACGAGAGGCAUGAAAGCAGUGCUUCUUGCAGACACCGAGGUUGAGCUGUUUUCCACUGAUAUACCACCCAACAGAACUGUUGACUUUGUGGCCAGCUGCUACUCGACUGAAAGCUGCAAAUGCAAACUGAGAGACAUCGCAUGUCUCAAGUGCGGUAAUGUUGUGGGUUAUCAUGUUGUGGCCCCCUGUAAACCCUGCCUGCUCUCCUGUAACAACGGCCAUUUCUGGAUGUUCAAUAGUGAUGCCGUGUCUACUCUUAACAGACUGGAUGCGACAGGUCUGAAUCUGCUCCUGUGGGGAGAUCUUCCAGAGCUGGAUGACAGUGAAAAUGAGGAAUCAGAAAGCCCAUCAGAGGAGGAGUGCAUUAGGUAGAGAGGGAAAUGGACAACUUGAGAGACCUGGAGCGCUAACAUUUGGAGAUGUGGAACUAGACAAGUGUACAAACCAUGCUGUGAUAAAAGAGAAAAGAGGGGCCUUAAAGGGUCAUUUAACAGUGAAUCACAUAUCGGCUGUUUACACUUGGUUUUAAAAUGUGUUUGCGGUGAUCCGAACACAAACGGACAGCCGAGACACAUCGCUGUGCACACCUGUGUCUACAAGGUGUCCAGCUGAUCACUUGUGUUCAGAUUUCAUUUCUACUUAGGUCACAUCCACUAAAAGGUCAAAGGGCCUUGCGCACAGUUAUUGCAUCAGAUUUGUUUUGCGAAGGCUAACAAAGAAAAAUGUUUCAAGAACUAACGUUUGGGAUAGUCCAACUGUUGAGAUUGGCGUCACCAAAACAAACACCACGUCCUGUAUUGGUGACAUAUUUUCCUGUUAUGUCUUGACGCAUUAGCAUUUCUACUACAAAAGGUCAAAUGCGUCCCAGAUCACCUCGGCAAGUGGUUUGAGUGAUCAGAUCACAAUGCCUCUAUUUGAUCACCCAAGACGCAUUUUUAAAAAAACCAAAU